ACACGUGCAUAUUCGACACGUGUGCCGGCAUUCACCAGUGCCAUCUCUCAUCGUCCGCUACGCUUUUAGCUAAGUAUCUCUCUCUGAGUCCGAUCGCGGAAGAAAGCAGGGUCGUAUCUCAUCCCCUGGCGCAGGUUCUAGAGAUGAAGAUGUUGAAUUUUGCAUGACGGUAGAUGAUGCAUGACAUGUGCGCAGAGAUGACGUCAUGGAGGGCCCCACCAAAUCAAGGUAAUGAGUUGGAAGGAUUCUAUAUGGGUUCAGAAGAUGAGAGUGCGGAAUGUGGUACGGCAUUGGAUGUUGAGCCUCGGAUGGGUGAGGAUGGCACUAUAAUGGAAAGCCCUGCUUCAAAGGAGUCAGUUGAACCAUCUGUGGGUAUGGAAUUUGUUUCUGAAGAAGAGGCAAAGGUUUUCUAUAACGAUUACGCUCGGCGCAAGGGCUUCAUCAUUCGCAUUAGUAGUUUCUAUUGUUCAAAGUUGAAUGGAGAAAAAAUCUCUCGGGAAUUUGUAUGUUCUAAACAAGGAUUUAUGAAGAGUACGGAUGGAAGUAACAACGAUGCAAGUAAUGGAGGCAAGAAGAGGCGAAAGCGACUGACCAAAAGGACAGGAUGCAUGGCAAUGAUGACAGUAAGGAAACAAGAUCCAAGUGGCAAAUGGGUUGUUGUUAAAUUUCGCAAGGAUCACAACCAUCCUUUGAUGAGCCCAAAUGAUGCGUGGCGCAUGCGGUCAGGUAGGAAUGCAUCUGAUCCUAAGAGAAAUUGGAUUGACCAUCAUCAAGAGAAAAGAAUGAAAGCCCGUAAGGCAAUGUCUAUGUCCAAAGCAGACAGUGGUGGACUCAGUAAUGUGGAUUUCAGUGACAGAGAAUGUCUCAAUCAUAUCAUCAAAAAGCGAUGGAGGAGCUUUGGGAAGGAUGCUCAGAAUAUAUUGGAGUAUUUGAAGCGUAAGCAAGCUGAAAACCCCACGUUCUUUUAUGCAGCUGAAGUUGAUGAGAAGCAGUGUGUGACAAAAGUUUUCUGGGUUGACGGAAGGUCCAGGAUGGCAUAUGACUACUUUGGAGACGUGAUCACGUUUGACACGUCAUAUAGGUCCAAACGGUUUCGACUUCCAUUUACCUCUUUCAUAGGAGUGAACAACCACAAGCAAUCUGUUUUGUUUGGUUGUGCAUUAAUUGCAGAUGAAACGAUAUCUACAUUUGUAUGGCUGUUUAAAACAUGGCUAGCAGCAAUGAAUGGGCGUCAUCCGGUCUCAAUAAUCACUGACCACGACAAAGCGAUUAGAGCAGCAGUGGCAACUGUUUUCCCAGAAUCCCAUCACCGGUUUUGCCUGCGGCACAUUAGCAGAAAACAAAAUAAGAAGCUGCCACAUGUAAUUUUUGAGCAUCCACAUUUUCAAGGGGAAUUUCUCAAAUGUGUCCGUCAGACUGAGACAAUUGAUGAGUUCGAAUCAAGUUGGGAGAUGCUCCUUGACAAAUAUGUGCUUAGAGAGAGUGACUGGAUUAAAUCAUUGUAUGAAGAUCGUCGACAAUGGGUCCCAGUGUAUUUGCGGGGGAAGUUCUUUGCGGAUAUGUCUACAACAAAACAAAUUGAUAUCAUGGACUCAUUUUUCGAUGGGUAUGUGGAUGCACAAACUACUCAACAAGUUUUUGUUGCACAAUAUGAGAAAGCACUUAAUGAUCAUUAUGAAAAGGAAGAUGAAGAAUAUUUAGCAAUUGACACCUUACCUACUAUGUGCACAAGAUCAGCUAUGGAAAAACAAGCAGCAAGCACUUAUACGAGGAAAGUAUUCGAAAUAUUUCAGGAGGAGUUGCUUGAAAUCUGCAACUUCUCUGUAAACAAGAUUGAUGAUGAUGGAGCGACCAAUGUGUAUAGGGUAGCAAGACUUCAUCAAGAGCGUAACGCACACACUGUUGCGUUUAAUGCUUCUGAGAUGAGAGUAAAUUGCAGCUGCAAGAAAUUUGAAUUUUCAGGUAUCUUAUGUAGACAUGUGUUAUCAGUCUUCAGAGUUGCAAACAUUUUUACGAUUCCACCUCAUUAUAUCUUGAAGCGCUGGACAAAAAAUGCCAAGAGUGAGGUUGUGUUGGAUCAGUAUGGUGAUGAAAUGCAAGCUAAUUGUCAUGAAAGGACAACGUUACGAUACAACAUCCUAUGUCGUGAAGCCCUCAAAUUCAUAGAAGAGGCGGCACUAUCUACAGAUGUUUUCAAUGUGGCAAUGGGUGCCAUACGAGAUGCUGCAAAAAAAGUCGCUGCAGCAAAAGAAAGUGCUGCAAGGGCUGAGAAGAUGGGAACUAUGGUCAAUGGAAGCACCUAUGAUGAAAAUAUCAAUGUAGUAGGUGAUAUGACCAAUCAUGUCGCGUUUCUUGAACCUGAUCAGUCUAGAACAAGAGGGAAAGCGCCUACUCCAAGAUUGAAACCUCCAGGGUCAUCAUGUAGGACACCAACGUGCAGUUUCUGCAAAGGACCAAAGCACAAUAUCCGUUCCUGCCCACUGGCAGCGAAUGUUUCGACAGUGGAACAGCUAAAUGAGGGAAAUCCCAAUAUCUCUGGCCAAUGUGGCACGCAGAACACUAUUCUGAAUUUAUUUUCCCCGAGCGGUUGGGAUGGAGUCUAGGAGCAUCAUUCGUCACAGGCUCACAGCCAUUGCGACGCAGGCAGGUGUUUGGAUGUGAAGCACAGGAUCAUAUAUAAAGCUAUCCAGGAGGCAGGAGGCCUGGCUUUCCUGGCCUCCCAUGGGGAUCACCAGGGCCUUGAAGCUGCAGCCUGGAUCCUCAUUGAGGUCAUCAGAAAAACAUCGUCAACGGCUUGACUUGUUUGUACUUAUAAGCUUUGCAGCUGAUACCGACUAACACCGUAGUUUUUUGUUUUCAUUAGUUUCAAUGUAGAAUGGCACAACUCAUAAUGUUAUCUAGCUGAAGGUUGAUUGUUGUUACGGACUGUAAUUAUUUACAUUUUCCAGAUUAUUUUUUUAUGCCUGUUAUAAAAACUAUUAGUCCACAAA